AUGUUUUUCAAGGCCGCUAUUGUCCUGGGAUUGCUCCCACAGGUACUGUAUGCCAGUGUUGCAACGACGUUCGCCACAACUACCACAUCCUCAGAAAAACACGAGCCGACCCAGCCGGGUAUACCAUCUAACUGUGACAAGUUCCAUCUUGUCGGGCCUGGGGAUCAGUGCGAUACCAUUGAAGCCAAGUACGGCAUUACUGACGCCCAAUUUAAAGCCUGGAAUCCCAGUAUUAACCCCGCAUGCACCAAUCUCUGGCUAGACUAUUAUGUUUGUGUCCACGUCCCGGAUACCACAACAACAAUUACUACUACGAGCAAGCCACCCGGACCUACGGACACUCCUCCCGAGCCUCGUAUGCCUGGCAUUGUGGACAACUGUAAGAAGUUCUACCUAGUCAAGGCCGGUGACGACUGUUACUCUAUCGACACUGCUGCGGGCAUCACCUUCGCUCAGUUCCGCUCGUGGAACACGAUGAUCGAUGCUGCCUGCUCUAAUCUGUGGGUGGAUUACUACGUCUGUAUAGGUGUCUAG